CCGGCCCCGGAGCCCCCGGCCCCACCGGAACCGCCUGCCGCCGACGCCGAGAGCGGCGGGGACACCGCCCUGGCCGAUGUCGCCACGGCCCUGGAGACCGAGUCCGCCAACGGCAAGGAGCCCCUGGACACGGCUGGGGACGGUGCCGAGGCCCUGGACGCCCAGGGGGGCUCAGGGGACGAGGAGAACACGCGGCAGCUGGGCGAGAUCGAGCUGCAGUGUGGCAUCUGCACCAAGUGGUUCACGGCGGACACCUUCGGCAUCGACACCACGUCCUGUCUGCCCUUCAUGACCAACUACAGCUUCCACUGCAACGUGUGCCACCACAGUGGGAACACCUACUUCCUGAGGAAACAAGCGAAUCUCAAGGAAAUGUGCCUUAGCGCUCUGGCCAACCUCACGUGGCAGUCGAGGACGCAGGACGAGCACCCCAAGACGAUGUUCUCCAAGGACAAGGAUAUUAUCCCGUUCAUUGAUAAAUACUGGGAGUGUAUGACAACGCGGCAGAGGCCUGGGAAAAUGACCUGGCCCAAUAACAUUGUCAAAACCAUGUGCAAAGAAAGAGACGUGUUCCUGGUGAAAGAGCACCCAGACCCGGGCAGUAAAGACCCAGAGGAGGAUUACCCCAAAUUUGGGCUUCUAGACCAGGAUCUUGCCAAUAUUGGCCCUGCCUACGACAACCAGAAACAGAACAACGCUGUGUCCACAAGUGGAAGCUUGAACGGUGGAGCCUCUCUGGGAGGGGGAAUGGCUGCUGGGGGCAGCGGGAAGGGCCGGGGAGCCAAACGCAAGCAGCAGGACGGCGGCACCACGGGAACAGCCAAGAAAACCCGGAGUGACCCGUUGUUCUCAGCUCAGCGCUUGCCCCCCCACGGGUACCCUCUGGAACACCCCUUCAACAAGGAUGGGUAUCGAUACAUCCUGGCAGAGCCUGACCCCCACGCACCCGACCCAGAAAAGCUGGAGCUGGACUGUUGGGCAGGAAAACCGAUUCCUGGGGACCUGUACAGAGCCUGCCUGUAUGAACGAGUCCUCCUGGCCCUGCAUGACCGAGCUCCCCAGCUGAAGAUCUCUGACGACAGGCUGACUGUUAUUGGCGAGAAGGGCUAUUCCAUGGUGCGAGCCUCCCACGGCGUGCGGAAAGGAGCCUGGUACUUCGAGAUCUCCAUGGAUGAGAUGCCUCCAGACACAGCUGCCAGACUAGGCUGGUCACAGCCCUUGGGGAACCUCCAGGCCCCUCUGGGGUAUGACAAGUUCAGUUACUCCUGGCGCAGCAAAAAGGGAACCAAGUUUCACCAGUCGAUAGGGAAGCACUAUUCAUCUGGCUAUGGGCAGGGGGACAUCCUGGGAUUUUACAUCAGCCUUCCAGAGGACACUGAGACGGCCAAAUCCCUGCCUGACACCUACAAAGACAAGGCUUUGAUCAAAUUCAAAAGCUACUUGUACUUCGAAGAGAAGGAUUUUGUGGACAAGGCAGAGAAGAGCCUAAAGCAGGCACCUGGAAGCCAGAUCAUAUUCUUCAAGAAUGGUGUCAGCCAAGGGGUCGCCUUUAAGGACAUCUUUGAAGGGGUUUAUUUUCCUGCCAUUUCUUUGUACAAAGGCUGCACGGUUUCUAUAAACUUUGGGCCGUAUUUCAAGUACCCACCCAGAGACAUCACUUACCGCCCUAUGAGUGACAUGGGCUGGGGCGCCGUGGUGGAGCACACGCUGGCUGAUGUCCUGUACCACGUGGAGACAGAGGUGGAUGGGAGGAGGAGCCCACCCUGGGAGCCCUAAACCCCCCACACUGUGGAUUUAUUGCAGAGGAACAUCCAUCCCCCGGUGACCAGCCACGACCCAACAGGCUGAGGUGUUGUGUAUGUGUUACCUGCUGCAGGUUCACACCCCUUCCCCCCUGCCAGAGCGUGAGUGGGGCAGGUCUGGGGUGUUUUGUGCUAUUUUGGGGCAUCUCUUGGAGCCUCCAGUACCGUUACAGCGUCACUCCCAGGAGAAGGGGAUGCUGAGGUACCUCCUCCUGGGCUGUGACGGUUGGGUGCCCCUCAGAACAGGGUGGAGGUGGACCUGCCAGGUGUAGGUACAGUGACACCUGUGCUCUGGUGUGUUUGGCUGAUUGGGACCAACAGCUCCCAGCCAGGAUGGCUCUGUUGGAACGAGACUGCUGCAUGUAAGAAUGAAAUUUGGGCUUCUGUCCAAACUAUUUUUUUUUCCCCCCACAAACUGGAAACCAGUUUUAAAAUAAAGGUUUUAACUCUUCUUUU